AUGGAGCUGAAUUUCGUCAUCCAGGAUGCUCAGAAUAUUCAACACAUGCUGGAGUUACUGGAUCACUGCCCACCCAGUUUACAGGCAGAAAUAUGGUCAGUGUUCAUUGCGAUCCUGCGCAAGAGUGUCCGCAACCUUCAGGCAUGCACAGAUGUUGGGCUCAUACACCAUGUGCUUCAGAGGCUGCCUCGCGCCGAAACUGUCGUCGCCGAUCUUCUCAUCGAGAUGUUGGGUGUUCUGGCCAGCUAUAGCGUUACGGUCAAAGAACUUAAACAACUCUUUAGUGCCAUGAAAGCAGUCAACGGCAAAUGGCCCCGGCAUUCUGCUAAGCUGCUGAACGUGCUGCGACAGAUGCCUCACAGGAACGGACCGGACGUGUUCUUCAGUUUUCCAGGACGGAAAGGAUCGUUAUUUGAAAAAUCUAUACCAAAUACUUGGGAAUAG